AUAAAACUCUAGUUUUUUGCUCGGCAAGCAAAACAUGAACGACGACACAAGCAAUUCCAUAACACCACCAGGGAACUGGCGGACCGGACAACAAUAUGGAGACUACGCACCGGGCAACAAUAAUCAGAGCUUAAUGCGCUCCAUGUUUGUCCGUUCACUUCCUUUCAGGGCCACUUCGAAUGUAAGUCGAGAGGUACGCGAUCCAUGGUGGCCAUCGGAGGAGAGAUCAAUGAUCCAAAGUAAUCGCCUAGCAAGUUUUCAAGCCCCAAGGCAUUCUCCUGCUGCAAGAGAAGGGAUGGCGACGCCAAGACAGUCCAUGCUUGAACUCUCUCCAAUGUUUCUAGGCCAAUGGAAUACUCAACUCCCCACGUACGAGGAAGAGUCUAGACUAAGCUAUGAUGAGCAGAAAAAGGCCUUGAUGAAGCUAAGGAAAGAAAUCUACAAUCCCCCACCAAAGAUGGCAACAAGACAAGCCUGGUUGCAUUCUCGAUGGAAUGCUCGAAAUAGUUCUACUGAGAAUGAAAAGGUGAACGAUGAAGAUGGUAAAAGGUGUUCCAUUUGUUUAGAAGAUUUCGAGCCUAGACAGAUGGUGAUGCUUACUCCUUGCAAUCAUAUGUUUCAUGAGGAUUGCAUUGUGCCAUGGGUGAAGAGCCAUGGUCAAUGCCCUGUCUGUCGGUUUGCAAUGUACGAGCAAAGGAGAGUGAUAGCAGUGACCACAAACGAUAGGAGAGCAAAUGUGGCACCCAAUGAUCCAUUUGCUAGAGAACUGCUUUCAGUUAUAAUAAAUUUUGAGGAAGCUAUCGAAUGGAUGAACCAAAGAACAUUUCGCUAACCUUGUAGUAUAAAAAAGAAAAAAGUGUUCUAAACUACGAGUUGCAAUGUCGUUGCUACUUAGGAAUCCA